AUGGCUCCGAGUAAAAAGCAGAAGAAGAAAAUGAAGCGACCCCAGAAUCGGAAAUUCAUGAUUAGGGAUUUACCACUUGGUGUCGCCUAUCUCCUUCACCCGUCACUUCGUGGAGUUUUACAAAGCCGGCCUAAGCGAUGGAACAGUGGAAGUCCUUCGCAUCGAAUUGCCGUGAACCUUGUACGGAAAUACAAAAAACAAAUGAAGCCACGAGUUCUUCCUUUUUUCUGUGAACCUUGUCGAAUGGGUUUUCGUAGUUUUACAGUCGCAAAAGAACAUGUUUGUGAUAAAGAAGCUGUCAGAAAGGCUGUUAGAAAAGAGGAAAUGAGGAAGUUCUCCGAUUAUGAUUGUUCUAACGAGAUGAGGCUUGCAUUGAAUGCUGAAAAACAAUGGAGAUUCAAUGCGCUGGCAGUAAUGGAGCAAUCUCUUCGACCUGAUAUGAUCAUGCCAAAAAAAGUGGAAAUGGCAGAGGUGCCAACAGAAACUGAGCAUGUGGAAUCAGAGCCGGAACCAGAAUUCUACGAAGCAAAAGAAAAGGAGUAUGAGGAUGAUGUUCAACAUUUCAAAAUUCAUGAAGUACUCAUUGAAUCUACUCAACCCACUCGACCUGAAUCAAAACUCAGAACUUCAAAAUGUAUAGAGCAUAAAGAACCAGGCGUGUUUUGUUUCAAUUGCAAAGGAACAUUUGGAAGUUAUAGUCAAUAUGAUUUGCAUCUUUCUGAAGAUUUCAAUGAAGGAAAGUGUAGUAAAGCAUUACCGGAUUAUUACUAUAUUCAGAAUGAGGACCGUACCGGAAUGUUUGACAAGAGAUAUAAGCACAGUGUGAUGCAUAUUAUGCCAGUUAAACGAGACGUCAGACAUAUUCAGUGUACAUUAUGCAAAGCUGUGAAUUUUGCUACGUCUGGAGAUCUCUACAGUCAUAUGGUGAAAUGCGCGUCAUCCACAAACCAUGAUGACAAAGAAUCGCCAAUGGAUUGUCAAACAGCUUUCGGUUACGGAAUGCCACCAUCAUUCAACGCUUGUCAAUACGUGUUCCCUGAUCCCGCAAAAGGAAUUCCACGGCGGCGGAGUGAUUCAGACGAAUCAAUCGAGACGGAAUGUUGA